ACCUUAGUAAGACCUAUAAGACCUCCCAUAGGUGAUAGGUCCAUCAUAGUGUUAGUUUAACUGUAUUACAAUACUGUUCAUAUAUUACAAUUAAAAUGAUUAAAAUUCAGACGUUUUUUUUGAAACUUAGUUUUUUAAUAUUUUUGUACUCAAGCUAUGUAAAUGGUUGUGUCAGUAAUAAAAAAUUGUAUACUGAAAUCGGAUGUAAACCUAUUUACAGUAAUGAUUCAAAUUCUUGUCCAGUGGCCUAUGAUUGCGAAAAUGUGUUCACAAGACCAAGUAACAAAUGUUAUCUGAAUGGAAAUGUUUACGAACCAGUUGAUAGUCUUUCUAAAACUGACUCAGCAUUAAACCCAUGUCUUGCCGCUUGCUUUUGUGAUCAGAGGACAUAUGAAAAUAAGACCUCAACUAAAUUUACAUGUGCCAAGGUUGAAUGUCCAUCAUACUUCACAAGACUAAGAGAUCCAUGCUAUUAUCAAUAUGAUAGAGAUUCAUGCUGUGAGGUUAAAAAAUACUGUCCUGAAGAAAAAGCAGUUGAUCAUGAAUGUAUGUAUGACAAUCAGGUUUACAAAAAUGGUCAACGAUUUUAUGUUGGUGAUUAUUUAAAAUGUGUGUGUUCUCCGGAAUUUAAUGGUACACUAAGUGAUAAAUCAUGUAGAGAAGUUGGCUGUGGUUAUGAGAUUUUAUACAUGGAAAAUAUUUUAAUAAAAAGUGCACCUGUUUAUUUUGAAAAAGUAGAUGGAUGCCCUGUUGAAUGGUUAAAUCCUGAGUAUAAUGUCGCAACUGCUGAUGAAACCACUUCUACCAGUAACUCUAAUGGCUACAAAUGCAAGUAUGGAGAUUUAAGUUUUUCAAUAGGUCAAAUUAUAACUUUUGGUUCAUUAUCAGACUCAAAUUCGUACAAAACAACAUGUUCUUGUAAUACCCCUCCUUUAAUUACUUGCAUUAAAACGAGGAUAUAGAUCAUUUAAUAAUACAAAUAUUAUAGUACAUAAUUAUAUAUAAUAAACUUAAAUAUAAUAAAUUAUACAAAUAAUUUUAUUCAUAUAGGUUGGUAUAAACGUAUGAUUACAAUAUUCAAUAAAACUAUUUUUUACAAA